ACAUAACACACUGCCAACAAAAAGCUACCAAAAGCCCUAGCUUCAAUAUCUCUAUUCACAGAUCUCUGAGCGUCCAGCCAUGGAAAGUGGGUUUUGUUCACCAAGAACUGAAGCAUUCCCAGCUGGUCUUCGUGUACUUGUUGUUGACGAUGACCCAACGUGGCUCAAAAUCCUUGAAAAAAUGCUUAAGAAGUGUUCUUAUGAAGUGACAACUUGCUGUUUAGCAAGAGAUGCUCUGAACAUGCUUCGGGAGAGAAAAGAUGGUUUUGACAUCGUGAUUAGUGAUGUUAACAUGCCAGACAUGGAUGGCUUCAAACUCCUGGAACAUGUCGGACUAGAGAUGGAUCUCCCUGUGAUUAUGAUGUCUGUCGAUGGGGAAACAAGUAGAGUGAUGAAAGGCGUUCAGCAUGGAGCUUGCGAUUAUCUUCUCAAGCCUGUUCGGAUGAAAGAGCUUAAGAAUAUAUGGCAACAUGUCUUUAGGAAGAAAAUACAUGAGGGAAAAGACGUUGAAAGCUAUGAAUGUAUGCGUGAAAUUCAGAUGAUAAUGAGUAGAUCAGAUGAGUUUGAUGAUGGGCACCAAUUAAAUGGAGGUGAGCUGGGUGCAACUAGAAAACGAAAAGAUAUGGAAAACAGGAGGCAUGAUGAUCAAGAGUUGGUUGAUCCAUCAUCAUCAAAGAAGGCUAGAGUGGUUUGGUCCAUAGAUCUACAUCAGAAGUUUGUGGAUGCUGUAAACCAGAUUGGCUUUGAUAUCUUGAUGAUAAUUCAUCUGACAGAAGUUGGUCCCAAGAAAAUUCUGGACUUGAUGAAUGUUCCUUGGCUGACAAGAGAAAACGUUGCCAGCCAUCUGCAGAAGUACCGGCUCUACCUAAGUAGGUUGCAGAAGGAGAAUGAACUAAAAACUUCUGAAGGGAUGAAGCAGCAAGAUUUCACUUGUCCUGCUGGAAGUUUAGGCUUUCAAACCUCUACUCUGAUUCACCCAAAAGAUGCAGCUAACUGCGAUCUCAAAUACACAGGCAACAAUAUGCUUCUCAUAGACAUGGGCACAAGAAUCUGUCGUGAAGCUGAUAAGAAAGGUACAGUUUCGAUUUUGCCCAUGGAUCUCAAAGAAACUUCAACAAGUAAUUUCCUUGACAGUCAGAGGGCAAAUGUUAGUUCUCAAACCAUUCUUUCCCAUCCUUUCAACUACCAAUCAAGUCAGUCAAAUACGACCAGCCAGAAGUGGAAUGAAGUCCCAAUGGAGCAAUUCAAACAGCCGCCAAAACAAGAGCCUGAGCCGUAUGCUCUACUAGAAGAUGACUUUAGCCAUGCACUGCAGUCUGCUCCACAGCAUCUUGUCCAAGUUGAUCUCCAAUGUUCUGCUUAUUCUGUUGGUCCGGGAACUGCAGUCCCAGAAAGAGAUAAGCCCGGCUCUGUAAUGAUCACGCCUAUGCGCUCUCAAUCCAGAAGCAACCAUAGCCAGAUUGUAAAUCCAGAGACCUCAGAUGCCAUCUCCAGCUUCAAAGUUGGCAUGAAGAAUCAGAUGGUUGGUCUGAAUUGCUUGAACGACUGUGAACCCAUCCAACAAAAGAUAUUUACAGUAGGUGAUUCCUCCUUGGGUUCUCAAGUCGGAUGUGCUUAUACCGAGAGUAUUGGGCUCCAGGACAUAGACCUUUUGGACUACUACAAUUCAGAACUUAUUGAUGAACUGGAGACAAGCUGCUAUGCUGACUUGGGGUUAAACUGGGACAAUGAUUGUGAUUCAGUUCAAAAUCCUUUUGUAGAUCAAGGUUUAUUCACGGCACGAGCCGAGGCUCCAGGGGUUUGCUACCCUGGUUAGGAAGUGGAAAGCUAGAGAGCAUUUUCUUUGGAGGUGUACUGAGAGUGGAUUUGAUUAUAAAUGUUGAAAUAUGUACCAUUUUGAUGUACGCAGGCUAAGCACACUGCUUUAACUAAUCUACUGAUUAACAGCACUAGUUACUGUUGAAAUAUUCUCACUUUUAUUUCUAAAUGCAUCAUUGGCGUAUUGCUUUAUGCCUC